AUGAAAUUUACGCGCGACGGGAAGACAACGGAGGAAAAAAAACUCUUGGACCAGGAUUUACUAAAACUGUCUUCAUGAACAGAAAACAUUUACAUACAGAGCAAAUCCCAUCAUGGGGGAUGGUCCGUCAUCCAUAAGGUUUGAUAAUGAAACUACCAGUGGAACUGAGGUGGACCUCAAUUCACCAGGCGCUGGUUCAUCUGAGCAGUGGAUGAUCGGAGUGGGAUUAGUUAUGGGUCUUAUAGUUUUAAUCAUUGUUGUUGGGAAUAUAUUGGUAAUUGUUGCUAUAGCCAAGAACCAAAGACUGCAAACACUGACAAACGUGUUUAUUGUGUCCCUGGCGAGCGCGGACCUAAUCAUGGGUUUGCUGGUGGUACCUUUUGGAGCCCUGCUGGAAGUCCGAGGCGCUUGGCUGUACGGCUCUUUUUUCUGUGAAUUUUGGAUAUCCGUGGACGUUCUCUGUGUUACUGCCAGCAUUGAGACACUAUGUGUUAUUGCGAUAGACAGAUUUAUUGCCAUCACCUCGCCUUUCCGAUACCAAAGCUUGCUGACCAAAGCCAGGGCGAAAGUGAUAGUUUGUAGCGUGUGGGCUAUCUCUGCUCUGGUCUCCUUCCUACCCAUAUUGAUGCACUGGUCUCGGGACAAUGUGGAUACUGCCUGUUAUGACAAUCCUGAAUGUUGUGACUUUGUAACCAACCGUGCGUAUGCCAUCUCAUCCUCCAUCAUAUCGUUUUACAUUCCUUUGGUGGUGAUGAUAUUUGUAUAUGCCAGAGUGUACAGAGAGGCUCAAAAGCAGUUGAAAAAAAUAGACAAAUGCGAAGGAAGGUUCCACAUUAACCUCAACGGUGUCUCAAAGUGCAAACCAAAUAGAAAGAGACCAUCAAAAAUCCUUGCGAUUAAGGAGCAAAAAGCGCUGAAAACUCUGGGCAUAAUUAUGGGUACUUUCACGCUUUGUUGGUUGCCCUUUUUUGUAGUUAAUGUUGUUCGGGUGUUGUCAUCCUCCGAGGUCGUGGACAAAAACCUUUUCGUGUUCUUCAACUGGCUGGGCUACGUCAACUCUGCUUUUAACCCAAUAAUUUACUGCAGGAGUCCGGACUUUAGAAAGGCUUUCAAGAGACUGCUUUGCUGCCCAAGACAGGCAGACCGAAGGCUCCAUGUCAGCUCAUGCAACCUUUCGCGCUGUUCCGGCGGUUUCGUGAACUCUCUAGAGCCGAGUAUAAUGGGGACAUGGUCGGACUGCAACCGACUGGACAACAGCGAUAGCAGCCUCGACGGCAGCGCCAAGUUGUUUCACUUCGAGUCCCAGCUGUAGGGACAUGCAGUUGAAUUAUGGUAAUCUAUGACAGUCAUAAGUAAACUUCACCCCUUUACGCAAAACGAGGCAGUUUAAGCGCAAUGACAAAUUGUAUUACCAGAAAUAAAACAACAUCGUUAAGUAACUAUUUGAGUAAUAAGCCUUAUCCUGGACGAUAUACCAUCUGUCACAUUUGUCUGUGUGGAUAUGCGCACAGCCUAAACAUAAACGUUUUUGUGUUUUGAUAAGGCAAUGGCCCAAACGUAAACCGUAUUGAAUACGUGAAGAAAUGUAGAUCUACAUCAAAUUUUCUGUGUCUACACUGUUUUACCUCAUGCUUCCUUAUGUGCAAAUUGUUGAAAACCAAUUUGUUUAUAUUAAACAUAUUAAUAUAGGUAUCCAAGUGUGUAGCAUUUAGUGCUUUAUUCAACAAAGGAAAAAAACAAAAACAAUAUCUAACUCACACACAGUUCAUUUUUUUAUCUCUUUCUGUUUAUGCUUAAUGUAUCAUAUUGUGUCAAGGUGGUUAUUAUGUUGGCUAGUGUGUCAUUAUAGAAGCAAAACAUUCAUCAUAUAUAUUGUUAAUGUUAGCACACAAAAAUAAUGUUCCAAUUUUUGGAACAAAUCAAUUGAGUAAUGUAGUGAUGCCUGUCGUACCCCUUCAAAACUUGGAGACAAAUAUUUAAAUAAAUCAAUGCCCAAAGAGCAUUUGUAGUAAUUGUGUAAAUA